AAAUCUAAUUUCAAACAAUUAGAACCCAGAGAGACGGAGAGACAGAGAGAGAGAGAGAUGGCGUCGAAAGGUUCGACACCGCCGUAUCCAAGCGCUGCCAGAAUCGCUGACUCUCCAUGUUAUCCUCAAUAUACUGCUUCUCUCAAAUGUUUAGAAGAAUUUAAUUCGGACAAGAGUAAAUGUCAAGAGCAUUUUGAUAUUUACAAGGAAUGCAAGAAAAAGGAGAGGGAAGCUCGACUGGAACGCAACAGGAAUAGGUCAUUGUUCUCUUGAGUUCCUUUUGGGAUUGGCUACUGAAUACUGUAAUCAGCAUAAGCUAGAUUUGAGCUUACCACAAGUGUCAGUCCCUCUUCUCUUUAGCAGUUAAUUUGUUGAUAUCAUUACUGAUUUAGUUAUAGAGCUGGCUCAUAACUAGAAAUAGUUCAAUAAAUUUCCUUGUGUUUGGCACAAAAAAUGUAGUGCCCUUUGCAUGCGGCUUCAGGUAAGGACUUGAUUUUCAUUUCAAAAUGCGGAUGUUGUUUACAAUGUGAAGGAUGUCUAUGGUACUAUACCCCAUGAAAGCUCUAAAUUUCAUGAAUGUAAUGAUUGUAUGAGUUGUCUAUCG